AUGCAGUUCGGCUUCGAUGCCGCCGUGCGCACGGCGCAGCAGUGGCUGCAGCAACUCUUUACUCCUGCAGAUAGUGGAUCGGCGACGUCAUCGGCUGAUUCAAAUGCCACAACCUGCAAACAAGACGAUGUUUCUCAAGCUGCUGAAAAUACGAGACAAGAACCUAUGUUUGAGGAACUCCCAGAGGACAUCCGUUAUCAUAUACAUUCCCUCUUGCCAGUGCAAGAUGCUGCCCGUGCUGCCUGUGUAUCUCAUGGUUUCCUGCGUUCCUGGAGAUGCUACCCCAAUCUCACACUCAACGAGCGUACACUUGGGUUGGCUGGCAAGAAAAUUAAGGGCAGAGAAAUCGAUCUCAUCUGCAUAGUUGACCCCAUUCUGAAGAACCAUUCUGGGCUGAAGACACUUAGACUUGAUCUUUUACCUUUCAGAAAUAUCAGCGCCUCCUGCCUGGACAGGUGGCUCCAUGCCGCUGUUCAUUCUGGGGUCAAAGAACUUAGCUUGGCGCUGUCUUCACACAGCAAGGAAAGUUACAGCUUCCCAUGUUCGGUUUUGUCUGGUGAGGCGGCUGCAAGUUCAAUUCAGUCUCUUUAUCUCUUUGGUUGCGCUUUUCAUCCCACAGAAACAAUUGGCCACUUGAGAAGAUUGAAAAUAUUGCAUCUGUCUUGUGUCCACAUUACUGGGGAGGGAUUGGAGCACCUGCUCUCGAAAUCUUUUGCCCUGGAGGAGCUGGAAAUCUUCAAAUGCAGCAACAUAAUUUGCUUGACGAUACCUUGUACACUGCAGCAACUCAAGUUCCUCAAGGUUGCAUGGUGUCAAGUGUUGCAGGCGGUGGAGAUUAAUGCCCCAAAGCUCUCCUCGUUUUACUACAGCGGGACAGCCCUGCUUGGAAUCUCUGUUGGAGAUUCUUCACAACUUAAGGAUGUGCAUUUGGUCCAUCCGCCCUGCAUUCUCUAUUAUGCACGUGCUAGGCUUCCGUCCAUCGCACGGAAUGUUAAGAGCCUUACCCUGGCCUCUUGUGGCGAGAAUGUCAACACUCCGAUGCUUCUCUCCAAGCUCCCACGCCUCAAGAAGUUGGACAUUAGACUACUUGGAUUAGAACCAGCCUUCUCUCCUCACUAUGAUGCCCUGUCUCUGAUUUCUUUUCUUCAAGCCUCUCCUGCCUUGGAUUCUUUUAUACUGCGUAUCAAUCAAGACGUCAUGUGUCACGAUUCUGUUGUUGGAGAUGACUACAUUUACCUGAGGAAGAAGCCAGAGUUCCGGCAUGAGCACCUCAGGCAAGUGAUGAUCACAGGUUUCCGUGCAUCCAAGAGCCUGGUUGAGCUCGUGAUCUACAUCCUUGAGAGUGCGCCUUCGCUCGAGUGCCUCAAACUAGACACAACAGACAGCGAUGAUAGGAGUUCUUGUACCUCAAGAAAGCCAUGCAGAUGCUCGUGGAUGACAAAGAGUAAUGUUGCGGACGCUCAUGUAGCUAUGGAGGUUGCUGCCAGAUGCAUCGCGUCGAGAGUUCCCUCUGGUGUUGAAUUCAAGGUCCUAGGGCCCUGCAAGCUGUAGCGUGGCAGUUGCUGUGACAUAGUAAGCAGUUGGGUGAUGCACAAUAUAAGCAAAAAUGCUCCAAACUGGUCCUACACUCCUGCCCGACUCUUUAAAAGGUAUAUCUUCCAGUUCCUGAGUGAUAUGCGUAUGAAUCUCCAUAGAUGUUUUUAUAUUGAUCCAAUGCCGACUAACCAAAACUAUAUCGUUCAUUCAUACAUUUCCAUAGUCCCCACAGAGUUGUGGAGGGAUACAGCAUACAUCUUUUAUUACUUAUAUUAGCCAGAAAGUAGAGAUAUGUUGGAAACCAGCAAUAUAAAUACCGGUAGAUGUGGAAACCUCUUACAUAUUUUCAUACUUUUCUUUCAUCAGUACAAAUUAACCCUACAAAUAACACAUCUGGAAUCUGUAAACCUUCAAGCCCUGCCCCCAAAGGCGCGUGAAAUGACACAUCUUUUCCUUGGAAGAAUUAAGAUCUUUCAGGCACUUGCUGUGCCAAUAUUUUCUGAAACAUUGGCUCCACAAGUAGCACGAUUCACCCUCUGGUCCAGCCAAGAGAUGAUAUCGGAGUAGACGAGGUCGGCGUCGGGAGGGAGUUCUGCCGAGAGCGCGUGCCACAUCCCAGGGUAGAGCUUGAAGGCCUUGUCUCUGCUUGACGCUUCCUCAAACAGCAUCUUGCUCACUGUUGGAUCUGUCACGAUGUCAUCUCCACCGUGCAGAACCAAGAACGGCAGGGUCACCUGCCAACUGAAAACGUUAGCAGCCUCUCCAUGGAUCAUAGAUUCUUAGGCACACUUACUGCGGUGUGCAGAGUAAUGUGAGUUUUCCAACUAGGAAGGUUACCUCAUGCAAGUUCUUCUCAAUGUCCAGGCUCACCAUAAGGAGUUCAUGGCAAGUCUUGAGUGGGAUCUUUCCCCUGUAAAUGUACGGAUUGGAACGAAUCUGCACGCACAUACCAACACAGGCAGAAAGUUCAGUAACUAUGAUCAGCCUUUUUCUUUCGCACGUGCAGUAGCUGUAGUACCUGUUUCCUCAUCUCUGGAUCUUUGCAAACUUUGUCAAGGAUAUCCGGAGUUGGUAUGAUCCUCCAACUAGGCGCCACCACACAUACCAUCUUGAGAGCGCUGACCACGACCGGAUGAGGCUUCAUGUCAUCAGAAAUCUGACAAGAUAACAGCUUAAUGAAUAACCAUGCAGGCAAGA